UACACAAACCUCGCCUGUUUCGUCAUUCGUCCAUGGCUUCGGCUAUAGUGGCGGGAUUGAGCAUUGCCGCUGCAGCAUUUGGAGCUCGACUGGCGCUUCAAGCGUACAGAAGAGUACAAGGAUCAUCUUUGAAGUUUUCAAAACCAUUGCUCACCAGUUUCUAUCGAGGAGGCUUUGCACCAAAAAUGACGAAACGAGAAGCAGGACAAAUAUUGGGAAUAAGCCCAUCCUCUCCAUCCAACAAGGUCCGAGAAGCUCAUAAACGAAUCAUGCUACUGAAUCAUCCUGACAGAGGCGGAUCACCCUAUAUGGCAUCUAAGAUCAAUGAAGCGAAAGAUUACCUGGAGUCCAAGAGAUGACGUCACCCCAGAGACCUGCAGUGUACAUACUUGAGGCUAACGAACUUAGCUCAUUGUAUAAACAGUCAGUAGAUUGUGCAUGCCUGUGGUUAGGUAUUGUUUUUUGAUAGUCAUAUGAUGGCAGUCAUGUGAUAGUCGAUUGUGACGAUUGCUGUAGAGUUCACAUUGCAAGAGAAGUGCACGUGACUUGA